AUGCCAUCUCCAACCGCACAAGUAUAUUACUCAGUUCCGGCUGCCACACCAGCAGCAACUGCAGCUACACCUAUCUUCUAUUCGCCAGAGAUGUACAUGCAACCAGCGAUAGCGAUGACGCCUCAGAUAGCUCAGCCGCACACAGUAAUUCCAGCUGAAAUGAGCAAACCCAAGUCGGCUGUUCGUCCACUAAGCACUUCCACCCCACUGCCCACAGAAUUCGCGCAAAUUCCUCCACAAAUGGGUACCCAAAUGCAAUAUCCUGGAAAUGUUCCGUUGAAAUAUCAUAGGAAUGUGGAUCAUGAUGAUGUGCUUGCUAACCUUUCUCGAAUAUCCGUCGUUUCUGAGGAACAUGAAAUAACAGUUGAAGCAGUUAACGAGAGGGAAUAUGAUCGUCCCAUCCGCCAGCGACGCCCCGCUCCACCUUCGUCGAAUUAUAAGACUAAAAUGUGCAUGACUUAUGCGUCUGGAAGACAAUGCGAUAUGGGCAACCGUUGCAAGUUUGCGCAUGGGCCAGAAGAACUUCGAACUGCUGAAAUUCCACAACGUCCACCAAAUUCGCGAUAUAAGACAAAGCUGUGCAAAAACUUUGGCCCUUAUUCAUCCAACUAUUGCCCUUACGGACUUCGUUGUGAAUUUAUUCAUCCGAGCGACAAGGAAUACGCUCUACUUGUAAAUUUUAGUGGUUCUUUUUUAAAAUAUGCGUUUUUUCAACACUGGUUGAUUCAGUGCUCUGGACAAGCUCGCCCAGGACGCAAUAUGGCAAGUGGUGGAACUUCCCAAAACAUGUGUGACGUCACCCCAGAGGCUGUAUGCGAGCCACCAGUUGCAGUGACACGUAGCGCUGUUAAACCGGCUGCUGAAAAGAUUUUGUUGAAAAAUAGGAACAUCGCGGGGUACGUUUGUUUCCUUGAAUUUUUUUUUAUUGUAAAGCUGUUUUGGGAAACAGGGUUGUUUAAAGUUCGGGCUACUUUGAUUUUGAAUUCUCAUUCUGGAAAUUCACACUAUCUGAGAUUUCCGGUUGUAAGUUAUUUUGAAAUCUAGGC